UAUGGAUUGACGGAGGCUAUUGUUGUCAGACCGGUGGUUCGUUGUGUCGGAGCUGCACUUUCACCGGAGAAUGCCCCGAGGAGCCGGAGCUGAACCACGAUAUUGACAUGAAGAAAGACAUUGAGACUCUAAUAGCAGAGGAACGUGCUGAUAUCAUCUUGAAAUAUGCUACGGGCAGGCAGGGCGGGGUGGAGAUCGACCCCUGGGAAGAUGCCGACUACAGCAUCUACAAAGUCAUCGACCGCUUCGGCUUCAUGCAUGAGGACGAACUACAAGCCCCGACUGCACACGAGGUGAAGUUGAAGCAGCUGGAGAUAGAGAGAGCAGAGAAGUGGCUAAAGAUGGUGAAGAAGUGGGAGAAAUACAAGAGCAGUGACCGGAUGGUGAAACGAGUGUACAAGGGCAUUCCCCUGCAGCUCAGAGGCCGGGCCUGGGCCCUGAUGCUGGAUGUGGAGAGGACUAAGAAGGAGAACGAGGGCAAAUAUGAGAAAAUGAAGGAGCAGGCCCGACUCUACUCAUCCGAGAUCAAGCAGAUCGACCUGGACAUCAACAGGACCUUUCGAAACCAUAUCAUGUUCAUGGAUCGCUUUGGAGUCAAGCAGCAGUCUCUCUUCCACGUUCUCUCUGCAUAUUCGGUCUACAACACAGAGGUGAGCUACUGCCAGGGGAUGAGUCAGAUCGCCGCCCUGCUGCUCAUGUUCAUGAACGAAGAGGACGCCUUCUGGGCCCUGUCACAGCUGCUGACCAAUCACAAACAUGCCAUGCACGGAUUUUUUGUUCCCGGGUUUCCUAAACUUCAGAGAUACCAGGCGCAUCAUGAUCAGAUUAUCUCCAAACUCAUCCCCAAACUGAAGAAACAUCUGGACAGGGAGCAGAUGUCUGCAGGGAUUUACAGCACUAAAUGGUUCCUCCAGUGUUUCAUUGACAGGACGCCGUUCACCCUGACCCUUCGUCUGUGGGACAUUUUCAUCCUGGAGGGAGAGAGGCUGCUGACCGCCAUGUCUUACACCAUCCUGAAGAUACACAAGAAGCGUCUGGUGAAGAUGUCCCUGGAGGAGCUCAGAGAGUUUCUGCAGGAGCGGAUCGCUCAGACUUUCUUCUACAGUGACGACGUGAUCGUGGAGCAGCUUCAGGACUCCAUGACUGAGCUGAGAAAAAUGAAGCUGGACCUUCCUCCUCCAGGGAAGCCUGAGGAACUGCCUCGUAAGCCUCUGGGUCAGGAGCUGCCGGUGCUGUUGAGUCCGGUCCAGUCCUCCAGAGGGAAGUCGUCCUCAGCCAGCGGGUUCCCCAGAGCUGGUCUGAGCCUCCACAUCAUCUCCCACCAGCCGGACUCCAUCUCCCCUGACCAGAGCCCCUCCAAGGACCCCAAGGAUCUCGACGCCGCGGAGGAGGAGGCCCCUCUGCCUUCCCCAGACCCCAUCAUCAUCCACAGCCAGGCUCCGCUCACCCCCGACGGCUCCCCACUGAUGGGGCCUCCGCCUUACCAGCCCCCAGGGAGCCAGACCCUGGUCACAGUGGAUCAGCCGUCUCUGCCGGAUCAGGAGGGGGAUGAACCGGUCUCCACAGGACCUCGCUCAGCUCCACAGAUUACAGACGCACUUUUGCCGACCUCUACAGAUGACUCCUCUGCAUCCGUCACCGACCAGUCCUCCUGCGGGAUCCCUCGGACUUGUUCAGUGCCUGUAGUCCAGGCGUCCUCGCCGGGGUCGGGCCCGGCCCAUGUUGAGGGUCUGUCGGCAGCAGAGGCGGCUGAGGACAGGUACCUGGUCCAGCUGCUGGAGCAGGCCUCGGCUCUGUGCACCGACAAGAACCUGAACCAGGACUCAAGCACAGCAUCAGAGGAAACACAGGCGGCAGACGUUUCAUGAAACAAGCAGAUCAUCAGUUUAUUGAUGAUGUUACUUCUCCAUUUAUUGGAUGAUUUUACCAGUAAGGUUUAGGAACAAUAUGAUUUAUCAGUCAGAUUAUCAGUGUCGAGCAAUAAUUGCUUAUAGAUGUGGUACCAGUUUCAGCGCCAACACCGAUAUUGGUGAUAAUUUGUCAGUUUAAGAGAUAAAUUUAGUAACUUUCUAAGAAGUUUUGUAACGGCUGUAAGAAGCAUUUUUCCUCCUUUAGAUAUUUAAAUCUGUUUCCAUGUGAAGCGACAGUGACAGUGUCACUGUGGGCGUUUGAUUUUCACCUGCAGGAGGUAAAAGGUUUGAAAACAUCAGUGAAGAUUCUCAGUCACAGGAUUAAAACCUGUUUUAGUGAUUUACAGUAGGAAGCUUCCUGACUCAGCAGCAGAGCCCUGACUCCUGGGCUUCAGUGUGACGUCCUUGUUUUACAGUAUUAGACAGUGGAAAGUAGCAAAACUUUAUUCUGUGGGGGUUUUAUGUGCAAACAUUUGUUACCAAGAUUAAUACAAAGUUUAAAUCUCAUAAUUAUAUUAUUCAUUUGCAUAGUAGACCUGGCGAACCACUCGUAUGGCUUAAAAAUGAAUCCAAAUACAAAUGAAUAGACUCAGCCCUGUCCAAUCACACUGGUUUAUAAUAACUAUAAUAGUGCUGCAUCUUGCUUGGAUUGUGGAGGAUUGUACACAGAACAAAGUCCACUCACAAAAAAGUCACUCAGUUUUUGUCAAAAUGGCGUCCUUCAAUAAUCUUGACAGUCUCUCCUCACACAGGUGUUUCUGCCUCCUGUGAACAGGUGAAUCAGCUCUGCAGCGCUCCUACAUAUCAGCUCAGAUCAGAGAGAUUUCCUCAGCUCAGAAAGUGGAAACACUUUUACUCCUCAGCCCAAAAAAGUAAAAAACCACAUUUGGACUGAUUUCCUGCUCCGAGCUGGAAUGUGAGCCCAGUUUGUUUUCUGCGGCUCUGGAGGAGUUUGGUCACAGUGAUGUCCUCAGAAUACAGAUUUAAAACAGAAAACCUGCAUCACAAACUGUGGUCAUAAAGUCUAAAAAGUGUAGGUGUUUACCAGGCAACGAGGCUCUAAUGAAAGAUGCAUUAUGGGAAGUGUCGUAUGUAGUGUUUUUGGAGCUUGACCCAGCGGCUGAAAGUCAGGAACCCCCGACAUCUGCUGCUUUGAGUUUGACUUUUCUUUUCUUAAUCCGUCUCUUUAAAGAACCCACAUUUAAUUUAAGUGGAGUACUUGAAAAAAAUAAUUAAUCAUCAAAUAAAUCUGCAGCUGGUAUCAGAAUGGAAAACUCCUCUCGUGCAAACUAGAUAGAUGAAGUAUCACUUGCAGAGAAAUUACAAAUAUUAAUUAUCUGACAUGGAAAUGGAAAUGAUUGAUCAUCAGAUUGCUCAGAUCCGUACGAGUGUACCUCACAACCUUAAUUAACCCUUCCACCACGUGACUACCACUACCACUGUGUUUCUACAGAUUUCUCCAUGUGAUCGUUUCUUUCUCUUUUCGUUCACAAAGCUUGUUAUUUUGCAUUUGGAGAAUUAGCGACACCCGGCUCUCAGAGGAGACGCCGGAUGACGAGGUGUCAACUGCUUCAAUCAAGACUCCUUACAGGACUCUGGGGCGUUCGACAUCACAUCUACAGCUGUCUCCUCAUUGGCUGAAAAAGUCUGAAUUACCUGGAGAGUUUUAUUACAAAGAGAAGGAAUUAAAACGGCAUCACCCUUUACAAUAAAAUAAAAUUUUUUUGUAGUUUUGUAAUGUUUCGUCAGAGAACAAAAUGUUUGCUCAGUCGGCCUUUGUAAAAUAUUUGCUAGCAGAAUUACAGUUUUAUUUUUUGUACUAAUGUCUUGAUGCCUUAUUUGGAUCGGCUUCAGUUCUUCUGUGGACAUUUUUUGACGUAUCCUGCACAGCGACAGAGGAAGUGAGGUUCAUGUGACUCUACAUGAGGGAAAGAAGCAACUUUUCAGGUGACGGGACUGAACACGAAACCUCUGACAUGGUGAGCUGGCUCACUCUUAUGAUUGUACACAUUCAAACCUACACAUUCAUUUUAAAGAAGUGGUUUUUUCUAGCUCAGUAAUUUAUUGUGUUAGCGUCUUCGAAAGGGCGUCCAGGUCCUUUAACAACAGCUCUUGUGCUCAUCCUUUUCAAGAACUGGAGUAUUUGCUGCAUUCCCACUGAGAUCCUUGAAAAGAGAAAAUAGACUUUUUUUUUUAUCUUACAGAAAAUGACCUGGAUGUAGAUGUACCUGCUUCUGUUAACAUUGUGUUUAGAAAUGUACAGUAUUGUAGAACCAGUAGGUAAGAUGAGUUAGGACAAGUUUCCCCAUCUGAGGGCAGAGAACUCAUUUCUUCAGCUUUGUGCUUAGAGACAGUGAAAGGCUGACAUCUUGUGGUUGGUUUAGUUCAAGCAUGUCUCUAUCUAGAUGUAGCCAAGGAGAGUAGAAAUGUUGUGAAAGCAGUUUUGAACUUUUAGAUUUCAUCCAAAUUAGAAGAAGAAAAAAAACUGAUUAUAAAAUCUUCUUCCAAUUUAAGGCCAUUAUUUUGAAUUCUGUGAAUAUGUUGCGGCUUUUUAUGACAUUUCACUGUAUUUUAAUGCUAAAACUCCAGAUAAUCUAAACUUUUUGAAUCGUUAUGUAUCAAACUUUAAAUGAAACUCUUUAAAUGAGAUGAAGUUAUAAUAGUGUGACAUUGUUAAGCACUUCACGUCAGAGUGUGUGUGUGGGGGGGGACAGUGUGUUUACUUCUUGGC